AUGGAUUUCAAGGUUGCGGAGAAGAAUCUUCUCGGCGCUGCCGAGGAAAUGAUGUCCCCGAAGCGCCAAACUUUCCAGCACGGGGACCACGAAGACAACACCGAUAGGGAUCACAAUAAAGCCGAACCAGAAAUAAGCAAAGAGAAGGAGCUGCAGGAGCGGCACAAGCAUUGGCAGCACGUGGAAAAGAAUGAGCAGGAUGGAAUUCACCACCGCAAAACCGUCCUGGACGGGGACAGCGACGCCUGGCACGAGGAAGACAGUACGGAGCAGUCGGACGCGAAUUCCGACCAGAUUCCCUUACAUUCGAACAGCGAGGGGUCGGACCGGGUCGUUCUGCAUUCCGCACUGCAAUCCGACUGCGACAGCGGGUUCGCGUCCCAGGACGAAAAGCUGGAACUGGACAAAAACCUCGGGAUAGCGACGCACAAAAUGGCGCUAUCGCAAUUCACCCGGCAGAGCGCGGAGUAUGUGGCGCACCUACACGACGGGGAACUUGUUGACGUGCAGAAAGCGGUCCGGGAAGCGAUGAAAACAGAUAUGGAAAAAGCCUUAGAGCGGACUUUCAAAGAGCUGAAAAUCGACAAAAAAUACCGCAACCCCCCGCCGGAGGAGGAAGAAGUAGGAGAAGCAGGAAAAAGCAGAAAAAAAGUGUCGUUUUCGACUGGUAAGAGCGGAAAAGCAACAGCAAAGGCGAAAACGAAAACCCCUGAGCCCAAGGCUGUAGGUGUAGCUGCGGCUGCGGAAAGCAGCGACACAGCUACUACAGUCGAUGGUACACGGAGCAGGCGACCAAAGGCAAAAGCAAAGAAGAGAACUAGUGCUGCUUCCCGUAGUGCAUCAGUAGGGAAAGUAGAAAAAGAUGACCAACAGGACGAUACUUGA